CCUGCCAUGAUUACUGCUGGAGAACAUUCACAACAUUGAUUUAUUACAUCUGUGCAGUAUUUCUGUCUUAUUUUGAUCACAUAAUGGCACUGGAAACUGUCCCCAAAGACCUUCGCCAUCUGCGGGCGUGUCUGCUUUGUUCUCUAGUGAAGACCAUUGACCAGUUUGAAUACGACGGCUGUGACAACUGUGAGUCGUACCUACAGAUGAAGGGGAACAGAGAGAUGGUUUAUGAAUGCACAAGUUCCUCAUUUGAUGGGGUGAUAGCCCAGAUGAGUCCUGAGGACAGUUGGGUAGCUAAGUGGCAGAGAAUAGGCAAUUUCAAACCAGGUGUAUACGCUGUGUCAGUGACAGGCAGACUACCUCCAGGUGUGGUGAGAGAGCUAAAAAGCAGAGGAGUGAUCUACAAAUCCAGAGACACAGCAGUGAAGACAUAAAACUGACUGUCUGACCGCUGCUUAACAUCAUCUGAGGAAUUACACCAGAGCAACAACGGGACUACAUUUAUACGUUUUAUUUUCCACAUGUUUGUGAUGUCUUUAUAAAAGUGUCCUACAACUGUUAAUUUUAGUUUUUUUUUGUUGUGUUAGAAUAUUAGCAUGUAUAUAAGGGGGGAGUUGACAUUUCUUAUUUCUCGUGAUAACUGAGAACAAUAAAGGCCUUUUUUUAAAUA